CUUUUUUUCUUUCUUUUUUCAGAAAAAUGAAUCCUAUGACUACAACUGAAAGUUCAUCGUUAGAACAACUACCCAUUGUUUCUUCAAUAGAAAGUAAUUCUGGACUCUCUAUAUCAAUUCAUCCACUUGUCUUAUUGAAUAUAUCUGAUCACUAUACUAGAAGUAAACUGCAAAAUCCAACAACAGUUAAUAUCUACGGUGCAUUAUUGGCUCAACAAUCAGGACGGGAUAUUGAUAUUAUCCAUUCUUUUGAAUUUUCUCUACAACAGGAUGGAAAAAGCAUUGAUCAAGUUUAUAUGUCGACAAAACUCGAACAAAUGAAACAAGUAUUUCCAGAAUUAGACUUUAUGGGAUGGUACACUACUGGUACAACACCUACAGAAUUGGAUUUGAUAAUACAUGAACAAUUUUUAUCAAGAAACGAGUCAAGUUUAUUUUUACAACUUGAUCCAAGUGCGAUUACUGGAGAACAUCACAAAUCGUUACCUGUAGGCAUGUAUGAAUCAUUGUACGACACGAAUCAUGAACUUCACAAGCUGAUGUUUGUAAAAACACCUUAUAAAAUUGAAACUAAUGAAGCUGAACGGAUUGCUGUGGAUCAUGUAGCCAAACCAGAUAUGUCAAGUAUAGACUCAAGUCUCGGUAGUUCAUUGGCUUCUUAUAUGACAACACAAAAAAAUGCAGUUAUUAUGUUACAUGCAAGGCUUCAAUUUCUUCAAAAAUAUCUUCAAGAUACAAAAACUGGUGCGAUACCCACUGAUCAUGAUAUUCUUCGACAAAUCUCCAGUAUAUGCUCACGAUCGCCUGUUAUUGACCAAAGUAUUUUUGAUGACCAGUUUUCUCGGGAAUACAAUGAUGUAUUAUUGGUCGGUUAUUUAGCAAGUAUUACAAAGGGAAUUAAUACAAUCAAUGAUUUAGUGGACAAGUUCAACCUUGCUCAUGGAACAACUAAUUUACCAAGAACACAACAAGCAGGUUCUUCAUCGAAUCGAAAAGGACGGCGUUCACAUGUUGUAUGAAACCAAUGAAACCUAGUGUACAAAACAUUUUGGGUGUAUAUAUAUAUGUAUAUGUAUGUAUGUGUGUGUUUUUUUUUAUUAUUAUCUUGAAAUAAACUAGUUUUUUUU